GCGGCGGCGAGGGGGGCGGCGGCGGCGGCGGCCAUGGCUCCGUUCCCCGAAGAAGUGGACGUGUUCACCGGCCCUCACUGGCGGAUGAAGCAGCUGGUGGGACGCUACUGCGACAAGCUUUCAAAAACCAACUUCUCCAACAACAAUGAUUUCCGGGCUCUUCUUCAGUCUCUGUAUGCCACCUUCAAGGAAUUCAAAAUGCACGAGCAAAUUGAAAAUGAGUACAUCAUUGGCUUACUUCAGCAACGCAGCAGGACAGUGUACAAUGUGCACUCUGACAACAAACUCUCUGAGAUGCUCAGUCUCUUUGAGAAAGGGUUGAAGAAUGUGAAGAAUGAAUAUGAGCAGUUAAAUUAUGAGAAGCAACUGAAAGAGAGGUUGGAAGCUUUCACCAGGGAUUUCCUUCCUCACAUGAAAGAGGAAGAAGAGGUUUUUCAGCCAAUGUUGAUGGAAUAUUUUACCUACGAAGAGCUCAAGGAUAUUAAAAAGAAAGUGAUUGCGCAGCACUGCUCUCACAAGGACACUGCGGAACUCCUCCGAGGCCUUAGCCUCUGGAAUCAGGCUGAAGAGCGGCAGAAGGUUUUUAAAUAUUCUGUCGAUGAAAAGUCAGAUAAAGAAACUGAAGUGAUAGAGCACACCACCAGUAUCACUCAUCUUCCUCCUGAAGUAAUGCUGGCGAUUUUCAGUUACCUUAAUCCUCAGGAGCUUGGUCACUGCAGUCAAGUAAGCACUAAAUGGUCUCAGCUGACUAAAACUGGAUCCCUCUGGAAACAUCUCUACCCUGUUCACUGGGCCCGAGGCGACUGGUAUAGUGGCCCUCCUACUGAACUGGAUACAGAACCUGAUGAGGAUUGGGUGAAAAAUAGGAAAGAUGAAAGUCGUGCUUUUCAGGAGUGGGAUGAAGAUGCGGAUAUAGAUGAAUCUGAAGAGUCUGUGGAAGAAUCAAUGGCCAUUAACAUUGCCCAGACGGAAAAACGUUUACUCCAUGGAUUGAUUCAUAACAUUCUACCACAUGUCGGCACUUCUGUCAGAACUGUAGUGUUAGCGUAUAGCUCUGCAGUUUCCAGCAAAAUGGUUAGGCAGAUCUUAGAGCUUUGUCCAAAUCUGGAGCAUCUGGAUCUUACCCAAACAGCUAUUUCAGACUCCGCCUUUGAUAGUUGGUCUUGGCUGGGAUGCUGCCAGAAUCUUCGUCAUCUGGAUCUAUCAGGAUGUGAGAAGAUAACGGACGCGGCUUUAGAGAAGAUUUCCCGAGCUCUGGGCGUCCUGCCAUCCCACAAAAAAGGAGUUCUGAAAAUUUGCAGAAGCAAAGGUGCAGCACCUACGUGGAAAAAUAAAGACAUCGCCAUUCAGCCCUCCAAGAAAUAUACAUGCUUGCACGACCUGACUAACGAGAGCCUUGUCAGAGGUGCAGAUAACGAACAUCAUUGGAGUAAACCUGUUACUUCCGAAAAUCUGAAUUCGGCUUACGUGUGGAUGUUAGAUGACGAAGAUCUGGCCGACAUUGAAGACACGGUGGAAUGGAGACACAGAAGUGUUGAAGGUCUUUGUGUAAUGGAAACAGCAUCCGGUCUCUGUUCUUCGUCUGGUUGCUACAGUAAGGACAUCAUUGGGUUAAGGACUAGUGUCUGUUGGCAGCAGCAUUGUGCUUCUCCUGCCUUAAUGUAUUGUGGUCACUCGUUUUGUUCUACGGGGACAGCACUAAGAACUAUCCGCGCACUCCCCGAGCCCUCUGGACUGGGUAAAAUAGCACCAAGGACUAGACAGUCUGAGGGAAAAGACUCAAUACACUCUGGGAGUGAAAACUCUGAUCAAGAGACUGGACGUGUACUUCUGUUCCUCAGUCUAUCUGGAUGUUAUCAGAUCACCGACCACGGCCUCAGGGUGUUGACCCUGGGAGGAGGCCUGCCUCAUCUGGAGCAUCUUAACCUUUCGGGUUGUCUCACUGUAACUGGUGCCGGGCUGCAGGAUUUGGUGUCAGCAUGUCCUUCUCUGAACGACGAACACUUUUACUACUGUGACAACAUCAACGGUCCUCAUGCCGAAACCGCCAGUGGAUGCCAGAAUUUGCAGUGUGGUUUUCGAGCCUGCUGCCGUUCUGGCGAAUGACCCUUGACUUCUGAUCUUUGUCUACUUCAUUUAGCUGAGCAGGCUUCCUUUCAUGCACUUUACUUACCGUACAAUACACCUCUUGUGUUAACAAUCCUUUUGGGUGUGACUUGUUUUACUUGGGCCCCUUCCUCUAAUAACUUCAGCAGUCUUCAACCCACAGUAAAAUUGUACAGUGUUGUUACAGUUUCUCACACAAAUGUCAUUUGGGUAUGGAAAGGUAGGCUUUUGGGUAGCAUGGGGGAACCGUCUCAUCAGGUUUUUUUUUUUAUUUUGGGCGGGAGGAGUGGGGUGGGGGCGGGCAUCAUCUGCUGGAAAGGGCCCUGGACUCUAUUUUGGAUUGUUCUGAAGUGGGACCCUCUGUUUCUCUAGAAUCUCCAAAUAACCUGCACAUGCUUUGCAGAGUACUUCUUAAGAUGUGUGUCAGAAACACUUUCCAAACCCUUCCUUCCCAUGCAAAAUUAGGGUUACCGGUCGCUUUCCCCUAACAUUCACUUCCUCGAGAUGCCAUCUGUCAACCCAGAUUUAAAGUAGUGCUUAAAGAAAUCUUGACCAUGGUUCCCGAAAACCGGCUCUGUACUUCACUCAGCCGGAGCCCUGCAUCUGGCGUUUCAGAGGGGGGGCCUGUGUUUCCACCAAAUCGAGUUAGAAAUUUGCGAUCGUAGGAACAAAUGUAUAAACAGAAAACUACUUGGAGGACUUCACUGAUACCUUGUUUUUUAUUUGAAUGUUGAAGUCAUGUUAUCCACAGGUUUAAUUUCAUGUGAAAAUAAGGACUAAAGUUUCUUUGUCUCUUGGUCUUCAGUACAGCUCUUGAGCCUUAUAAAUAAAUACUCUUUGUUGAA